AACGCAAGAACUUGAUAUCGACAUAAAGAUAGUGAUCCCUGAGCCCAGAGAAAACCAUGGGAAAUGGUGUAAGAAAAACAAGACUCACACAACCUACGUCUAUUCUCUAUCCAGUCUAUAUAUAAACCGCAUUCGAUCCUCGAGCAGCGACAUCAGAUUCACUCUCAUCCACCGAGUCACACUCCCUAGAUAUCUAAUAGGUAGGAACAAAAAGAAAAUAGAGACAAUUAUCUUGCACCACUUCUUUUAUUAGUCUAACAUCUCGGACAUGAUGACCAUCUAUCCAGUAAUAAAUCUCGAUGCACGAAAUUCAAAAGACCCACCAAUCUCCACCCAAUCAAACUUUGCAACUUUUUUGAGGAGAGGGGGGGACGUAUUCGCAGUAGAUUCCCAUUAGAAAAAAAAAGGAAAUGUCAGACUACUCGGCUAUCUGCCUGAUGCAGCAGCCCUACUCUUCUCAGCGAAACGAGGCACACAUCCCAUACCCCCCAAAAAAGGAAAACAUUCGCAAAUGGCAUGCCCAAAGAAGAAAUCAUAUCCAAACGGCAUUUCAAAUGCCGGUGAAAGAAGCACCCCCACCCCACCCUAAACGCACAGCACAGCAAGUUGCGUGCCUUAGUGAAGGACCGAACCCGCACCAGAAAGAACCCUUCCUAACCCCCAUCGUUUCCAAACUGCAGGUGAACCACCAAGACUUGCUGUGGGGGCCAAACAUGAAUCCCUCCAUCGUCGUCCCUCAACCCCAACCCCAACCCCAGCCCCAACCCCAGGAACCAUCCCACAAAGCUGCGCCACACUCCCUCGCCUUCUGCCAACUUAUCCAGUAA